AUGCGCAAGCGAGCACGGCAAACCAGCAGCAAACAGGUGGCCUUGGGCAAUCGUCUCUAUUCGGAGCAGCAGCAGCAGCAACAGCAACAGCAACAGCAGUCACAGCAGGGCGCACCGUUAUCCCAGUCGACCACAGGCACCACGCGCUCCGCACACUUCGACCAUCUAUUGGAACGGGGUCGCAAGCGCAAUGCUGGUGAGAAUGGCACGAGCAACUUCGAUGAGCUGCCUUCGUUGCAGCUGGGCCUGGGAGACAUUGCCCGCAAGGUGCGCAACCUGGGCUCUGGUGGCCCUUCGGCGGAUCAAGUGCAGGACCGCGCACAAGAUCGUGCUGCGCAUUACCUGCUCUCGGCUUCAGGCGUGAAGAUGGGUAGUACCCUUCGCGAUCUGAACCAAUUCUCCACGCAGGCAGGCAUCCCCACAAAUGGACAGGCGCAGAACCUCUUUGAUGACGAUGUCGAUGGCUACAUUUCGAACCUCCACUCCCAGUCAACCUUGGCACUUAUCCAAGAAGGGCUCGAACAGUCCAAGCGCGACUUCGACACUUUUCUCGAAGACAACGUCCAGAUUGAGUGGGACAAACAGCGGCAGCGAAUCUAUGAACACUUUGGGCUUGGUAGGCAAAGUGAGGAUAUGGCAGCCUCACAGGCUACAUUUGGCAACACAGCCCGCGGAGCUUUCGGACGCUCGAACCGCAAGGGGCGAUCCAUGGGACCUAAGGGCGCGUCUGUAAAUGGCAAAUCGACCUUUGGAGCGACUUCGAGCGGCCCGCCUGUUCUCGGGGCCUCUACAAGUGUCCUCGGCGGACGGGAUGGCUCCGAUAAGUCGGUCUUGGGCGGUCCAGCUGGACCCCAAGAUCGAUAUGCUCGCGACAAGCAGGAGCGGUUCAUGGACGAAGUCAGGAAACUAAAUGAUGCGAGGUUGCGUGAAAACGCUUGCUCUCCACUGCACGCAUUCUCCAAUGUGGAGAUGACGGCCGGCACAGACAAUUCUGACUACUUCAUCAACGCUUAUGGCGCAUUAAUAUCCAUCAUUGGCGAGAAGAACGAGCUCGAGGCCUCGAACCCUGGAUCGAAUCAGCCAAAGGAACGAAGCUUUGCCAAGGACUACCUCGACGAUCAAAGCAACUCUGUUGCCUCCCUGCGAAUACGCAAGCGUAUUCUAGACGGUGCUUUGAAAUAUACCGAGACGAAGUUCCUCAGGGAAGUCGACCAGGUUGUACAAAAGCAUCCUGCUGAGGCUCUUGUCGGCGGUGUACCAUCUCUGCUCAACAAGAUUCGCGGUUUCGUGCGAGCCAAGGUUGCCUUCAAAGAGUUGGGGCCGGAUACGGAUCUUCUCCAGCGGAUCGGUGAUGUCGGGGAAGAGUUCCCAUGGGUUAUCGUCUUCUACCUGCUGCGAGGAGGAUUGCUUGCGGAAGCGGCUGACUAUGUACGAGAGAAGAGGAACUUCUUCCAAAACACGGACAGAAACUUUUCCGCCGCAAUCACCCAGUAUGCGACGGAUCCGGAGCGUAGACUAAACCCAGAUACACAGCAGAAGAUCAGCCAUACCCACGCCCAGCGAACUCGACUUGGUGUCCCCGAAGACCCCUACCGCUUGGCUUGUUACAAGAUUGUAGGCCGAUGCGACAUCAGUAAACGGAAUUUGCAGCCCAUCAACGAGAACAUGGACGACUGGACAUGGUUGCACUUCAACCUGGCUCGUGAAGGCAAUCGAGCAGAAGAGAAUGCUGGCGAGGUCUUUGGUCUGGAAGAACUGCGAAACACGAUUAAAGAGGUGGGUCAGCGCCACUUCAUGGACGAUAAUGCCGAGGCAGCUGGUGGAUACGGUGUCUAUUUCUAUUUGUCUAUACUCGCUGGCCUGUUUGAGCAAGCCAUCAACUACCUCUACAGUCACAACUACAUUUCUGCGGUACAUUUUGCCAUUGCUCUCGACUACUAUGGACUCUUGCGAGUCUCCGACUGGACAACGACAGGAGGAGAAAUCCUUACUUACACCACGCGGCAACAGCCGCAACUCAACUUUGGACGUGUGGUUGGCCACUACACCAGCGAUUUCCGUGCUGCUCGUGCCGAUGCUGCAGCUGAUUACUUGAUUCUCAUCUGCAUGAACGCCGACCUUCCGGGCGAAGCAGGCAGGCAACAGGCAGAGCUUUGCCAUGAAGCGCUGCGUGAACUCGUUCUCGAGACACGCGAGUUUUCGACACUGUUGGGCGAUGUAAAGUCGAAUGGACAAACCACGCCUGGCCUUAUUCAGGAACGACUACCGCUGCUUAAGCUGAAGGGCGAGAACGGCUUACUGAACACGAUUACCCGCGAGGCUGCGAAGAUGGCUGAUGACAAUGGACGUACGAAUGAUGCCAUUCUGCUUUGCCACUUGGCUGGUGAAUACGACAGCGUAGUCUCCAUCCUGAACCGCGCUCUUGCGGAAGCGCUCUCUGUGGAGCUAGGACAGGAGCCACUGCGCCUGGAGCCCUUGAAGCCUCAGCUCACACCCGCAGAGAAGCAGACACAGCAACGACAGACUGGGGACGAAUCUUCUGCGAGCCUGAGUAUGCUCGGAACGGAUGACCCAGUCGAGCUGGCAGAGAAAGUCAUUGCCCUUUACAAUGAAAACAACUCGUGGUGGAGGAAGGUUUCCCAAGUCAAUCGGGAGACGAUUGGCAUAUUGUACACCCUUAACAGGGCAAAGAAGGUCAUCGAGGCCCGGGCCUAUAUGGAAGCACUCGGCCAAAUCGAAAACUUGCGCAUCUUGCCAUUGACGGCCAAGGGCAACCUCAGCGACAUCCGGUCGACGGCCAACAGCUUCUCCUCGUACCCACCGGAGAUUGCACGCAACAUUGGCAAUGUUCUUCUGUGGUGCAUUGGCUGUUGUUCACGCCAUCGCGAGCACUUGCUCUCUGGCCAGUUUGACGACCCGAUGCGCAAGGUGCUCGCAGACCAGCUGCUGCAAAAGGCAAAGGACUUGAUGGUGUUUGCUGGGUUGAUCAGGUACAAGUUGCCUCCAAGAGUGUUUGAGACGCUUGCGAGGGAGGGCCAAGAUGUGGGUGCCUACUAG